UGUUUCGCUAUACCUCCUUGCCCAUAUGUUCUCUACCUCAAAAACUCCCUCCGAACGAUGGCUAGGUGGUGAGUUCGCGCACGGGUCCUAAUAGAUACGCCGCUGGAAGACAGCGGUGGCGCAAAGAAAAGCAGAACUCAUUCAUAAGUAAAAGCAACCAAGUAACGGCUACAAUGAAGCAGUAGCUCUCCGCAGGCUGGCGGCAAGCCGAGAAGUAAGUGAGCAGCUGGAGUUACUCGUAACGAUAGAGCAACUGCCAACUUCUGCAGUACACUUAAGGUGGAACAAACGAACCGCAAAAGUCACUGUUUAGCUGCUGGCUGCGGUGCGUGUGGACUUUGACUGAGUUACUUUUGAUCAGUCGCCAGUUAUGACGUGCCUACUGCUUCGAGGCCAAAAUAGCCUAACAGCCAGCCUUAAAAUGUAGUUAGUAAACAGUCAAUGGGACUGAAAACAACGGUUGGCGUGCAAUGAUAUAGCCCUAUUUGUGUAUAAAUUACCAAACAUUAGAAUACGACAGAAGCUAUGAACAGACCGCGGUGCAUAUACUACUACCAUUGGACCAUAUGAUGUGUGCUUCCGAGGGACAAUGUUACGAUUGCAUUAUGGAAAUGAACGUACUUAUACGCUGGACUGAACUUGUUGACCCGUACGAAAGAUGACCUUAUAUAGUGAAAAGCACUGGGAACCAGUAAACGUUUGUGAUAUGCUCUGAAAUGUCUAAACAUUAAUUUAAGACAAGAACUGCAAGUUCAAUGAGUGGUCGUGCGCUGCAAAAAAAAUGCAACCGUUCCGUAAUAGUGCUUCUAGAGAAAGUACACAUAAUAGAGUACCAAGUUAUUUGCAGAUCGUCGUGCCUUGUGACUGCCAAAAAUUGGCUUUUUGAAUCGGAACGGCGACAGGUAUCCUGCUAAUCGCGAUACGACGUGACUUUGUCUGUUCCAGGUUGGAAGAUAAUCAGGUGACAGAACUUCCCGGUGCGAUCUAAGCGGUGGUGAGGAAGUAACUGCAGCGGCAAUGAAACAGACGGCCUCGAUGGAGCGACUCGGGGUGAUGAUGGCCGGAGGUCUUGUCGCCCCCAUGAGCCCUCCACUGGGGGCCGAUGAGCCGGCGCAGCUCAACUCAACAACUUCGACAAAUAUAGCAGCAGGUCUAGUCGGAGGAGCAGCAUCAAUAGCAACAACCCCCACUACAGUUCACUUUCAGCAGACAACUGUUGCCAGUAGUGGCCACAGCAGUAAUAACCAGAUGCUACACCUCGGUGGGAUCCAUACCCCCUCAGCACCUAUCGCAACAACGACGCUUUUAGCCCAUUCGCAACAACAACAUUGCCAUCAGUCAAAGCAGAAGCACUAUCAUCAAGAACUUCAUCUCCAGCAGUUGAGUACGCCGGUGAGUCCCCAGAGAUCGCCGGUCUCGCCACACCCCCCAUUGUUACGUGGAGACCUGAGUAUGCUGUUACGAGGAGGGACUUCUUCAGGCAUAUCACCGUCGGGGACGUCUCCUGCAGGCACAGAUGCUACACAACAAGACCAGUUCCAGCAACAACAUGGCAGAAUGCAACGAUCACGUUCGUCUCGUGGGACUCGCAACGGCGGUGCAAACAACGCUGGCGGUGGGAGCCAAUCACCUCGAGGGGGCGCUACUUUUUCCAGUAGCCACAAAGGCCAAUCAUACCAACAGCAGUCGUUCCCAUUUCCUCAGUUAAACAGUCUGCCCACGGCUGGAAGCACAACCAUCAACAAUAUAAUAGCUUCGCCAACAGCCUCGGCAGCUGCCACCGCGGCAAGCAAUACUUCGACGACGAUAACAACAACUAACGUUACGAGUUUUCUUCUUCAACAAGCUAGUACAAAACUGAUGGGCAGUGGCGGUGGCGGGGGCGCCGGAACCAUGAUGGAGCAAGUGCCUGGCGAAAAUGUCGUGGGGGGCGGAAUCAGCUCCGGGCGCGGGCAACGAUACAGCAUAGACUACACAACUCUCACCGAAAUGGAUCGUAUGCGAGUCAUGCAGCAGGUGAAUAGUUUACGUCAGAGACUGGGCGAUGGUUGGAGUAGAAAAGGGGCCGACUUGUGGGGUACCUCAGGAACAGGCUGUCCUGCAUCUCCUGGAGGCCUCCACAAGGGUCCUUCCACACGGCGACAUCGUCGCUCUGCGUCCAGGGGUUCGUUUCGCCAACAACAAAUGGCAAGCAGCAAUCAACAACAACAGCAACAACAAAAUACGGGAAAACGCGGUAAUAGUCCACAGGCAUGUAUUUCCUCUCCGGUCCUAUCCUAUCGAACCCCAAUGGGAAACGCGAGUUCGCUCACUCUGAACACUUCUUCAGGUAGCCUCCUUCAGCUGCUCGAUCCGACGUUAAACAAUCAGCAUAAGUCUCCAUCUCCGGCUCAUAGUCACGCCAACUCCCCGCAGAGUCUCAGUCCGUUAGGUCAUCACCACAAUCAGCACCGUUUAAGCGCUAGCCAUACCGCGUCGCUUCACAACAACAUUGUCGGCAAUCAACAACUACAGCAUCACCGUUCUGUGGGUCGUUCACAGUCUGUUCGGACUGCGAAGAGACCCCAGACACUUGAAAACAGCACCAGGUUCCGCCAGCGAAUCGCGUCUAUACCGGGCGAGCGCGGGAGUGCAGGCUGCGUAGGAGAGUGGGACUCGAGCGGGAUCGAACCUGCUACCUCUGGACAUCUCGGCCACGCGGCAUGGAACGCAUCCUCGGCGAACAGCGUUUAUGGUGGCGACGGUUACGAUGGAAGCGGGUUGGGAAUAGAAGCGGCGGCGGCGGCAGCAGCAGCAGCAGGGGCGGGAGGCGGCGAGGUACAGCGUCUUCGCAACUUUGCAGUGACGUCGAAGGGGGUGAUCAACCGGGGCGACUCGUUCCGCUCAAAAGCCAACAACAGUCGAUCACUCCAAGCGUCUGCUAAGGUGGGCGUACGAUCGGUUAGUCUGCACCGGCAGCACGCCUCCUCGCUAAAUCGCCUUAACGUACCCACGGGCGGCACCGGCAGCCAACGACAAAGGUCACAUAGUGGCGGGUCUCAGAACUGUAUUCACGCCACAAACCAGUCGGGUUCAAACCCUGAACUUCACACAGACGCUUCUGUAGAGCGAGAAGCAUAUGCAACGCUGGCGCAGGUCUCCCCAACCAUCGCCCUUCGCGCGGUAUCGCUCUCGGACGGCGGCAGGGUUCUGAGCCAGCUGGAAGAAAGCGGCGGCGCCUUGGUGGCCUGCAAUGUUUUUGCAAGCCAUAUUAUCCAACAAGAAUCACUAAUCGAUGCUGCAGGAGCCUCGAAGGAGUGUAGGCCUCAUGACGACGACGAACUCAACCCCGCAGAGGCUGAUGAGUCGAUCGUAGAUGAUGUCAUCUGCGUGGAGCCGACUGCUGCACGACGUUACCGUGUACUCGUUUUGGGCGCACCAGAAACGGGCAAAACAUCACUCACGAGGCAAUUUACAACCUCGGAGUACAUCUGCUCUUACGACAGCUCCAUGGACGAAGAGCACGAGAAAGUUGUACAGAUUAUUCUCAACGGAGAGGAAUCAGAGCUGGUGUUUAUUGAACACAAAUCUAGCGAAGCACUUAGAAACCCAGUAACGAGCUACCAGCCCGAUGCGUAUCUGGUGGUCUAUUCAAUGACGUCUAAGAGCUCCUUCGGUGCAGCCAAAGAGUUCCUUCAGACGAUUCGCAAGUGGGAUAACAUGGCGGCUCGAGCCGUCAUCCUUGUCGCGAAUAAGACCGACCUCGUGCGACUUCGAGCUAUCUCCACAAGCGAGGGUCGAAGUUUCGCAAGUGGCGAAGGUAUCAAAUUUAUUGAGACGUCGGCGGGAAUAAAUCAUAACGUCGAUGAGCUCCUGGCUGGGCUCCUGCACCAGAUACGGCUCAAACAGCAACUGUUGAUUAAGCGUAGUGCUUCGCAACGCAGCCAAGGUACCACUCUUAAGAUUUUGCCCCUAAUGCGAACAAGGACGUCCCCAGUGAUGCAGAACGGCUCGCUAAACCAAACGCCUGGCGACCUACCAGGUGACUGUCACGGCGCGACGCACAAGCGACCGCUGAGGGCCAAGAUGUUCCUCAAGAAGAUCCUUCGAAAGGCUUGCGGUACCUUCAGCGGUGCGGCUCACAGCAGCUGCGACAACUUGCACGUCCUAUAAGACAGCAGGAACACAUUAUAUUCAUCCUAAAAAUGAAAAAAAAAAAUGAAGAAGUAGCAAUCUUAGACUGCACUACACUUAUACUACAAGCAUGACAAAUGAUAAAUCAAUCUUAAUAUGAACCGGACCAAAAUCAUAACUGCGGCUUUAUAAUCUUACAAGGGUAAUAGCAAUGAAUUGUUUCAGAUGGUUGGCAUUAUCCUAUUGUAUUUAUAUAUACUUAUAUAUUCCCUGAAAAUGUGUGCUCUUGGAUGAAUUCUAUUUUGUGAAUAUUGUGUUUGAUGAACGUCACGCAUCUGUGCCAGAGUAACUAGGUGUUACAGUGUGUAAAGGCAUGAUAAAAAGGUAACGAGUAUAUUAUAGGAACGUAGAUUUUAUUUUCAUCGUAAUCGUUGGUUAAUGCAGAAGGUAGACUGCACAGUUAGUUAUCAAGAUGAAGCUUCUUACGAAAAGAGCAGUAUCGAGCGUCAGUCAGAUAAAAAGGGAUGAUACAUGCGCUUUUCUGAAAAGAAAUACACACACACACACACACACACACACACACACACACACGUAUAAACGGCAAAUCGCGCGGACCUCUCAGUAAUCAUUACAAUGACUUCAUACAACAAGCUAGCACAUUGAGUGCUUUACUAUUUACGGUGGUACGUGUACACACAAACAACAGGAAUAAAAUAAUAAAUUUUAAUUUUUCAUAUUGCUAGCCAACCAUGCAUUAUUGAAUAGUCGGUCUCCCAAGGCAGAAGCUCGUAUUUUUCAAGCCGAUGCCCCGUAAACUGCGAGGAGAACCACACGUUACAUACAUGAUACAUAUAAACUAUCGAGCGCAUAAAUAAUAAUAAUAAUAGGCAGAGUCUAAUCCAUCCGGCAAACUUGUGGCCGUAUAGUACGGACACUAUUACUUCUAAACAGUCAAUGACAGCUGCGUUGAAACGGUAAAACGGAUAGUUAUUUUAGACUCCCUGAAUCAACGCACUUUUUAAUCGAACCGUGUCACGUAAACUAUAAGUAAUUAUUUUCAAUAGGGAUAGUUAAACGCCCAGUUAACUUGACACGAACGGUGACAAAGUGAAUUCUACAAUAGGACCUGGGUGGUGGGAGCCGUUUUUAAACGCAUCGUCACGACUGAGUACCUUGUUCGGGAUCGCUACCGAGAACGAGUAAAUGAAAAUAUUGAAAUCGAACUGAAAUCGAAACAUAUAAUACCAGUGAAUCCAGAAAUCAUACACAGACAAUAGAUCGUGCAGAAGCCACGGCCAAUAUGAAUAUCGCCGAUACUGUAAAAGUUGAUAAAUAGUUAUCCGUUAGUCAGUGCUAUCUAUUUUAAUGAGUAACAGCGUGUGUAUUGAUGAUAUCACUAUAAAUUAUAUAAGUAGACUGUUACAUGUUUAGAUUUACUCGUUAGAGUUUAAUGUGAGGUCUCAAGAGACAAUUUCUAGCUUGGACAGCAGGUAAUCCCGGUACGUUGUCAAUGUACCAGUUAGAAUCUGUAGAGUAGUUAAUUGGAACUGUAAAAUGUUUAACAACGGCGACCAACAGAUCCAAAGCUCACUGUAAUUAUAAAAAGGGAGCUAAGCAGAGCUGCCGGCGAUAACUUUGGAUAGAUGACCUGUACAGGUGCGUUGUUCUUUAUAAAAAUAGUGUUUUCAUCAAGUGCACUUUGUACGCUCGUUUCUAGGUUGCGGAAACACAUGCCCAAUCGUUUAUGAAUCGACGACGGUGGCGGGUAUUGUCUGAACUGACAUUUCACAAUACUCGCGUUAGGCAUUAAUCACAAAAAAAAACCAAGGACAGGCACAUUUUUUCUUAAAACAAGUAGGUUUUCAAUGAUGCUCUUCGUCUACACGCCCUAAUACCAGAUGAAAAAAAAUCCACUUAAAUAUUUUACCGAUUGUCCAUAAUUAUUUAGUCUAGGUAGAUUAAACAUACGUACAACAAACUCAAGUAUAAGGGGCUAGGUACUUAUGUGUGUCGGCCGCCGCUGCUCAAAGCCGACAUUUGGCCGUAAGAACGAAUCGGAUAAAAUGACAAUUGAGAAAGCUCGGAAUAUGGCAAGGUUUUUGAAGCAACAGAACUUCUGAAGCGGACACAGUUAUCGCUUAUAUUCGACAGAUAUGGACUGAAAAUAUAUCUGUCAACUGUGGUUGAACUAACCGGAACGGCUAAAGUGAUUUAAUGUCGUGAAGAUGUACAGAAGCACAAGAUACGCACUCGAGAGCUUACUAGACAUUGUGUUGAAGAGACCAUAAGAAAUUAACUUGAUACAAAUGCCCUGCGUCACCUGGCGUACAACUAUCGAAAUGAACAUCAUUGUGUAAGCACGAUCCUUAUCGAUUAUUACCACAACAAUUAACUUGCCGUCGUGACGACGACCUCGAAUAACGUAACGUAAUAUGCUGAACUCUCGAACGUGUAGCGUAUUCUAGAGCUGCGUAAAUCGAGCUAAGGCUUCAAAGCGUCCAGAUUGCGCGGCGUGCAUGAAAUCUCUACGCUCGACGAGCUCGUGCAGCUCUCGUCGUCAGAGCAUCGGUCGCCACCUUUGAUUGUUAUCGUUAUUUCAAUGUAAUAUUGUUGGUCUGGCACACUAUGGUAUUACUGCACACUAAGCAAGUCAUCAUCGCCAACUUUUUUCCCUGCUUACUUCAACCGGUAGACAAUUUGCAGAAGUUUGGUUGAUUCGCAAUACGGGCUGUAGCGCUAACGUGACUUUGCUUAGCAAGCAAAUUAUACGGUAAUUGCAACCGUAGCUGAUUAAAAAUCGUAUGAAAAUAGUGUCCGUAUAUACAUACGCGCCCUGUUCUAUCAUAGUCCUGUAAACGAAAGCCUGUUUCUCUGCGUUAACUUCUGUGGAAGCGAACAGCAAAUCUGUGUUGAGAGGAAAAUUAAACUGCGCCAGUUACCUAGCAAGUAAGGCCACUAAGGCUGCGGGAAUAAGGGUCUAUUGCAUCAGGUAGAAACCAGCAGAGAUACCGAUCACCGUAGCACUGAACAGUGCCACUCCUUACCGUCGACCUUAAACGAGCGAGUACCCUAUUCAAACUAUCAGGCCAGCUGAUUUCAUUGAUUUUCCGAUGGGUAAGCGUUUAUGCACCGCCAUCACGAUUUUUAAGUUAAAUGUGUGCCUAACUGCAUGUAGUGAUUUCAUUUGCCUUAUUCAGUAGCUCAAUGAAAAUAUAGUAAUUCGGUACUUGAAUUAACUUUGCCCUGAUUAACGUUUCUAUUUCAUAGUACUCGAACAUCACAAUUAAACGUGUGUUUGUAUCAUAUCAAUCAUAUGCUAAACGCAUAUAUAGUAUAGUGUUGGCUGCACCCACUAGCCGGUUAACCUAAAAGCAAGUAAUUUCAUCUUAUUUUUUUUCAAAGUCUAUAACUUCAACUAUCAUUUCCCAUAGAAACAAUUGAUGGAAUAAUUUUUAUUUUAAGCACAAAAAACGGCGCAUUCUCGUAAUAGUAAUCAUUAAAAACCCACCUAAAGAGCAAUUAUCGAUUAUUUACCCUGUUACAAUUUUUAAAAUAGAGGGCCAUCUUAGGGGGAGCUUUUUAUCUGACUGUUGAUGAACAUGAGCCUAAGUAGAAUGGCAGCAGUACUCUCCAUUCGGAAUCUAAUGAAUGGGCACCGGCUUUCGCUAAAGACUUUUAAGCCAAGUGGAAAACGAGUCAUCGCUCAUAUUGGCGUAUGUGACGUAUUUAUAUAGUACUAAAAAAUAUGUCCCUUUUGAACGCGACAUAUGAGAGAGACUUAAUAAGUAAAAAGUCAUUAUUUUACUUAUCAAGAAACAUAACGAAUCAGUGUUGGUAUACUAUACAAUGUAAUGAAUAUAAAUAUCGUAGCGGAAACGUCUCGAGGUUCAUGUCAAGGCUCUGAGGUACAGUGACGAAGGAGUGCUUGUACAAGCAUGCAAUAAUGAUUAGAAUACCUCACCGACUAUUUUUAGUAAUACUAAAGCGGUUAAUGUGGACAAAAAAAUAUGUAACACAAAAACGUCCCAUUGGUAAACAGUGAAAAUUACAUAAGUCGCAAUAAUAGUUAUUGUUUCAUGUUAUUAGCACAUGAAUAAAAUAUUACUAAUCAUUAUCAAGUUAGUUAAAAUGAGA